AUGAUGAUCUUUGUAGGCACCGAAUACCCCGGUGGGAAGCAAUUUCAUGUUUGGAUCCAAGAGAACUCCACGACCGAGGAUCUGAUGAAUGCUAUUUCAGAACACGAAACGAUUCCAAUCAAUACAUUCAUCCUCCAACACUCCUUUCUACCUUUAAUCCCUUCAUCCACGCUCAAUUCCCAAUUCAUCAUUCCUUAUUCGACUGUACACCUAUACCGGUUAAAUGAUUUACGUGCCAAGGAUCGUCUACGUAGGGAGGCUCAAAGGAGUGAAGCGGAAGAACGUGGAAGGUAUACCGCGAAAGAUGGGAAAGAUAGGUUAAGACGAAGAACUAGACAGAAAUUGGAAGCUCAUCGUGCAGAAAAAGAAUUGGAAAGAAGAGGUAAUGGCUUAUUACCCAGUUAUCAACAAUUAGAAAGGGUUUCAAAAGAACACCAGGACCAGGAUCAGAAUUCACUCGUCAAGCUUGAGAACCCUCUUUGGAUAACAAAUAGAGCAGAAAUUGAUACGGGAAAAACGAUAGGGGAAGAAAGUCUGCUAACUUCCACGCCGUUGGAAAGAGGAGUCACCAUAUCAAGCUGGGCAUCCUCAAGCGCUCCUUCGCCUUCUGCGACCAAUCGUGCAAACACCACAAAACAAGCUGCAACCUCCCCCGUGAUUGAUCCCCUUACGUCUGUUCCCAGCCCCAUCGGAGGAUCAGUUCAACUGAGAGGAAGUACACCCAUACUACCGCAAUACCCGUUUUCACCGCCACUCUCAAGCCUAUGCGAUCAGACACAACGAAACUGA